UUUUAUCAAUUAUUUAAGUAUAUUUAAUCAUAUUAAUUAUACAAUCAGCAAAAUCUUAUUCAGAUUUAAAAUAAAAAAUUACUCAAGAAUGCGUAGAAUCGUGGAACGGAACGUUUUGUAGUUCCAAAUACGGCCGCGGGCCGCAGCACUGUCGGCUUGGGUUGUUGUUUCCUAUCCGCCAUUUUCCAGUCGCCAUUGAAAGGUGAAAACUUCGCUAAAUGUCGGUGAUGAUUUUAAGAUUUUGAGUGGUUUCUUUAAGAUUGUACCUGUUUUUAGUGUUGUGAAAUGAAAAUGAAGUGCCCCGGACUACCAUGACGCAUCAAAAUCACCAAACAAACGGUGCAAGUCUUGAGGAUUGCCACACAAACUUCUUCUCCUUGACGGAGUUGUAUGGCAUAAAAUGGCGUAAGCUAGUUUGGGGCGAGACAACCGGCGGCGGCGGCGAGGGCGAGGAGGGCGCCGCGCCACUCGCCGACCCGGUGAUCAGCAGCUAUGCCCGCUGCCUCGCCGGCGAUAUCCUGUGCGUCUGGAGGCGCGUGCCCGCUCCCCAGCCUCAGGAUAUCUAUGAAAUGAGCGCGCCACCUGCGCCGCCGCCGCCGCUCUCGCUCCGCGCCGCCAAGGAGCUAUGGAUCUUUUGGUAUGGCGAAGAACCGGACCUGAAUGGCUUGGUUGCGCCGGAGCUGAUUGCUGGACAAGGCGACCAAGGAUCGUGGGAGAGUGGACUAUCCUACGAGUGCCGCUCCUUGCUCUUCAAGGCUCUCCAUAACCUAAUCGAAAGAUGUCUUCUAUCCCGAGAUUUUGUGAGACUGGGCAAGUGGUUCGUACAACCGUACGAUGGAGACGAAGAGGAUGUUGGGAAAAGCCCCUGGCACCUCUCUUUCUCCUUCGCGUUCUUCCUUCACGGCGAGAGCACGGUGUGCGCGUCCGUGGACGUGCGACAACACCCUCCCGUACGCACGCUCACCGCCAAGCGGCUCGCCAAGCUGAACGGCCGGGAACGGAGCGCUGAUGCCGAUAACAAGGUGAUCCUGGCGCCCUUCGGGCUGGAAGGCACAGUUACCGGGCGCGACUGGAGCGACUCCGAUGCGCCCACUGGGCGAUUGUUGGACGCGUGGCGGCAACUCUACCCUUUGGAGCAGGGCUGCGGUGCCGUUGAGGUGGUGUGCGGCGGCGUGCGCAUGCGCUACCCGCUGCCCUACGUGCUGGUGACGGGCAUGGAGCCGCCGCCCGCGCCGCCGCCCGCGCCGCCGCUCGCCGCCGCCGCCGCCGCCGCGCUCACCACGCCCAAGCCGCAUCUGCCGGCGGAGGUGUGCUACGCCGAAUCCGGCGACAAAGGCGAUGACUUCGUCGAUCCCACCCGAAAAACCCCCUGUACCUGCGCCAAGUGGCGGCGGCGCCGCGGCCCGCGGCCCGCGCCCUUCCACCGCCGGCGCCUGCCCGACCGCGCGCCGCACAAGCGCCACCCAGGCGGCGGCUCGUGCGGCGCGGCGGCGCUGUCGCCUGGCUCUUGUGCCGGCUCGCCCUUGCCCGCCGGCUCGGCGCCGCCCUCGGCCGGCGCGCCGCACUCCCCGCACCCGCACCCCCACCACACCCCGCAGCAGGCCACGCUCCCGCACCAGGUUUGUAUUACUGAAUCCGGCGCGCUGCCGCCGACGACGCUGCACACGCCGGCGCCGACGCCGGAGACGCACGCGCCGCCCACCCCCGCGCCGCCCUCCGCGCCGCCGCCCACCAAGCUCUACCCCCAGCUGCUGAAGCGGCCCGUGCUGCCGCGGGGGGAGACGCGCGUCGACCCGCUGGAGGACGAGCACUCGCUGCACAUGCUCUACGACUACACCACCGUGCACGCCUGGCUGGAGCACCCAGUGAAACGGUUCAAGAGCGACGAGAACACGUUCCGAGAGGAGCUGGCCCUCGGCAGCACGGGCGGCGACCUGUACGCCGGCCACGACCACACGCGCAUGGCCGUCAUGCCCGACCACGCGGACGUCAAGCACGACCAUGAUGACGCAGCGUACAAGAACCUGUACACGUCCGACGGCCUCUGUCCCACGCUGAAGGACCUCGACCAGAUCUUCGAGAACUCCGACGACGCGGCCAGCGGGGAUGAGACGGUAAGACUUCUUCAAGUACAAACGCCGCCGGACUCGAACAAGUCGUUCGAAGAGACCCGCGGCCGGAUGGUGCGGGCCGAAGAGCUGAGCAAGAUGUUCCCCACCCCACCCUCGUUGGAGGCGCACGCGGCCCCGUCUCCCGGGUUCACCCUGGAGCUGGAGCCGCUGAGGCAUGCGCACUCACACGCGCAUCCGCACCUCACGCCUCACGCCACGCCGCCUCAUGAGCCUAUUGAGGAUUGGUCGUAUGUGUUCAAACCGCCCACCGUGUACAAGUGCGUCGGGUCAUCCAAGUACGCGCCCCUGUUGUCCCUGCCGUCCUCUUCACUCCCGCCCGUCACGCUACCGCCGCACGCCGUAUACCGGCCGCGGUGGCAGCAGAGCGAGGAGGAGCCACAGCCACAGACAGUGUACAAGUGUGUCGGGUCAUCCAAGUACGCGCCCCUGUUGUCCCUGCCGUCCUCUUCACUCCCGCCCGUCACGCUACCGCCGCACGCCGUAUACCGGCCGCGGUGGCAGCAGAGCGAGGAGGAGCCACAGCCACAGACAGUGUACAAGUGUGUCGGGUCAUCCAAGUACGCGCCCCUGUUGUCCCUGCCGUCCUCUUCACUCCCGCCCGUCACGCUACCGCCGCACGCCGUAUACCGGCCGCGGUGGCAGCAGAGCGAGGAGGAGCCACAGCCACAGACAGGGACGAAGCGGCCCUUGUCCCCGGCGGGCGCGCCGGCCGCCACGCCGGCGGGCGCCGCCCCCUCGCCCCUGCCCCGCCCCGCCCCCGCGCCGGCCCCGCCCCCGCCGCGCGCCGCCUCGCCCGCCCCCGCCUCGCCCGCGCCGCGCGCCGCCUGCCGCGCGUGCCCGCUGCUGCUCAACGUGCUGCUGGCCGACACGGUGCUCAACGUGUUCCGCGACCACAACUUCGACAGCUGCACGCUCUGCGUCUGCAACGCGGGGCCCAAGGUUGUCGGUAACAUCCGAGGCGCGGACGCGUCCACGUACCUGCCAGAGACGGCGGACGCGGCCGACGAGGACCCCGGCCGCUGCACGUGCGGCUUCAGCGCCGUCGUCAACCGCCGGCUCGCGCACAAGGCCGGCCUCUUCUACGAGGACGAGAUGGAGAUCACGGGCAUAGCGGAGAUCCCGGCGCGGGGCGGCGCUCGGAGCCUGGGGGCGGUGGCGGGCGCCGUGCUGGGCAUGUGCGCGGCGCUGGGCGGCGGCGGCGCCUCCGCGCUCUCCCGCGCGGCGCGCCACCAGGCCCGGGAGCGCCACGACCAGAACGACGUCAACCUGCUCGAGUCAUGUGUCAUAGCGGAGAUCCCGGCGCGGGGCGGCGCUCGGAGCCUGGGGGCGGUGGCGGGCGCCGUGCUGGGCAUGUGCGCGGCGCUGGGCGGCGGCGGCGCCUCCGCGCUCUCCCGCGCGGCGCGCCACCAGGCCCGGGAGCGCCACGACCAGAACGACGUCAACCUGCUCGAGUCAUGUGUCAUAGCGGAGAUCCCGGCGCGGGGCGGCGCUCGGAGCCUGGGGGCGGUGGCGGGCGCCGUGCUGGGCAUGUGCGCGGCGCUGGGCGGCGGCGGCGCCUCCGCGCUCUCCCGCGCGGCGCGCCACCAGGCCCGGGAGCGCCACGACCAGAACGACGUCAACCUGCUCGAGUACGCUGACGGCGGCGCGGCGUGCCUGCGCGCGCUGCGGGCGGCGGGGGCGGGCGCGGGGGCGGCGGGGGCGGGGGCGGGGGCGGGGGCGGUGCACCGCUGGCCCUUCAUCGGCGCCCGCGCCCCCAGGUGCUCCCGGGAUGUCAUAAGAUUGAUGCGCCGCCUCCGCCCCCUCCUUCAAGACGCGAUCCAGAAGCGCUGCUGCGGCGCGCGCAUGUGGGACGGCGUGGCCGGCCCGCUCACCUGGCGGCAGUUCCACCGCCUCGCCGGCCGCUCCAACGAGGACCUCUGCGAGCCCCAACCAGUCCCCCCCCUCCUCGUCGGACACGACCGCGACUGGAUCUCCCUCUCACCCUACGCCUUGAGGCAUUGGGAGCGCCUCUCGCUCGAACCUUACUCGUACUCCCGAGACGUCGCCUACGUAGUCCUAGCGGCCGACGGCGAAUUCCUCACCGACCCUAUCAAAACCUUCUUCAGGGAACUCUCGACCGCCUACGAAUCGUGCCGCUUGGGACGACACCAGCCUAUAAAUCGGAUAGCGCGCGACGGCUUAAUAAGAACGGCGCCGAGCGACCGCGACCAGCUAGCGGAGGAAUGGACGGGCGAAUUGCCCGCGGGCCGACUCGGGGAAUACAUCAAAUCGUACGCGGAAACGUUACGAACGAGCAUAGUACCUCAGCUGGCGAGUCUGAGCAUUGAUAGGUCGUUAUUAGAGACGGAGACGAAGUCGGCGCAUAUAGAGCGGCCGGCGCCGUCGCCGAUGCGGCCGCCUUCGACGCCGGACCACCCGCCGACGCCGAGCAGUCAGAGCGACCAGGAGAAUGAGACGCCGAAUAUGUCGUCCAGUACUAACAACAGUACAGUGCAUAACUCCUGGGAAGAAGAGGAAGGCGGUGCCCCAGCCCUAGUGAUAUACGUGGUGGAGCCCCCCGCCGCGCACGCGCACCGCGCGCACUCGCUGCACGCGCUGCUGCGGCUGGCUGCGCGCGCGCACCACCACCUGCGGCACCACAACCCGCUCGUCAAGAUAAUCUCGCUAGAGGGCGUGUGCGAGACGGCCGGGCUGGGCGCCGGCACUCGGUCGGAGCUGCGCGCGCUCGCCUUCAGCGUGUUCACCGGCGCGCGGCGGCUGCUGCAGCCCGCGCCCGCCGGCAAGUCGCUCACCGGCUUCGGCACCGCCGCGCAGGCGAGGGUGCUCAUCGACGCCAUGCAGGAAAAGGACCGAGCGCCCUACAAGCUGUUUUCACCCGCGUGGGUGCUGGCGCCUCCGCGCGCCCUCAAGGAGGUCGCGGAGACCUGGGGCCACUCGUGCGGCGAGCAGGGCUCCGUGCUGUUCCUGUCGUACUGCCUGUCGCACGACCAGCGCUGGCUGCUCGCCGCCGCCACCGACGCGCGCGGCGAACUGCUCGACACACACGCCGUCAACAUACACGUGCCUCACAGAUCGCGACGGAGGCGAGCGCUGGGCGCGCGGCGCUGCGGGCUGACCAAGCUGAUGGACUGGGCGCUCGGCGUCAUGUCGCGGGCCGCGCAGCCCUGGCGGCUCGUGGUCGGCCGGCUCGGCCGCAUCGGCCACGGGGAGCUCAAGGGCUGGAGCUGGCUCCUCUCACGCAAAAACCUCACCCGCGCCUCCAACCAACUCAAGGACAUCUGCAACCCGUGCUCGGUGCUCUACCCGUCCGGCGCCCCCUGCAUCCUGUCCGCCUGCCUCGUGUCCACGGAGCCCGACUCGUGUCUGCGGCUCAUGGCGGACCGGUUCACCCCCGACGAGCGGUUCAGCCAGGCCUCCAUACAGUCGCACCUGCACACGCCGCGGGACGUCACCGCCACGCACAUACUCGUGUUCCCCACGUCUGCCACCGCCACGCAGGUCAGUACUGUGCCGAGCCCGACUCGUGUCUGCGGCUCAUGGCGGACCGGUUCACCCCCGACGAGCGGUCAGUACUGUGCCGAGCCCGACUCGUGUCUGCGGCUCAUGGCGGACCGGUUCACCCCCGACGAGCGGUUCAGCCAGGCCUCCAUACAGUCGCACCUGCACACGCCGCGGGACGUCACCGCCACGCACAUACUCGUGUUCCCCACGUCUGCCACCGCCACGCAGGUCAGUACUGUGCCGAGCCCGACUCGUGUCUGCGGCUCAUGGCGGACCGGUUCACCCCCGACGAGCGGUCAGUACUGUGCCGAGCCCGACUCGUGUCUGCGGCUCAUGGCGGACCGGUUCACCCCCGACGAGCGGUUCAGCCAGGCCUCCAUACAGUCGCACCUGCACACGCCGCGGGACGUCACCGCCACGCACAUACUCGUGUUCCCCACGUCUGCCACCGCCACGCAGGUCAGUACUGUGCCGAGCCCGACUCGUGUCUGCGGCUCAUGGCGGACCGGUUCACCCCCGACGAGCGGUCAGUACUGUGCCGAGCCCGACUCGUGUCUGCGGCUCAUGGCGGACCGGUUCACCCCCGACGAGCGGUUCAGCCAGGCCUCCAUACAGUCGCACCUGCACACGCCGCGGGACGUCACCGCCACGCACAUACUCGUGUUCCCCACGUCUGCCACCGCCACGCAGGUCAGUACUGUGCCGAGCCCGACUCGUGUCUGCGGCUCAUGGCGGACCGGUUCACCCCCGACGAGCGGUCAGUACUGUGCCGAGCCCGACUCGUGUCUGCGGCUCAUGGCGGACCGGUUCACCCCCGACGAGCGGUUCAGCCAGGCCUCCAUACAGUCGCACCUGCACACGCCGCGGGACGUCACCGCCACGCACAUACUCGUGUUCCCCACGUCUGCCACCGCCACGCAGUCGGCGCAAGGGCAAUUCGAGCAGAGCGCGAUGGCGAACGGCGAGACCGACGACAUGAUGUUCCUCGGCGUCGACAUGAACGACAUGAACGACGACGAGAUCGGCGACAGCAACAUGACGGACCUGCUCAUCGGCGACAUGUUCAACAACAUGUGGCCGCAGGGCAGCCCCAGGAACGACGGAGGCAGGGAGGAAGAUGCGGCGGCUGAUGAGGACGAGCCGCAGCGGCUUGGCGACAUGUUCAACAACAUGUGGCCGCAGGGCAGCCCCAGGAACGACGGAGGCAGGGAGGAGGAUGCGGCGGCUGAUGAGGACGAGCCGCAGCGUAAUGUGCCGCAGGCGAGCUACGCCGGGGACGACCACAGCCAGGAGCAAGUCGGCACCGUCCUCCAGCAGCCGCUGGCGCUGGGCUACAUGGUGUCGACGGCGCCGCUGGACGCCAUGCCGGCGUGGUGGUGGGCGGGCUGCCCGCACCUGCGCGACGCCUGCCCGCCCGCCUUCCUCAAGAACGCGUUGCACCUGCACACCGGCUCCGUGCAGGCCGCGGACGACUUUACUAGCCUCACGCAGCGCAGCUCGCACGUGCACCCGCUCGAUAGCCAGGUCACCACCGACGUGCUCAGGUACGUGCUGGAAGGCUACAACGCGCUCUCGUGGCUCGCGCUGGACGGCGAGACGCACGACCGGCGCUCGUGCCUGCCGCUCCACGUGCAGGUCCUCAUGCAGCUCUACCACACCGCCGCCGCGCUCGGUUAACCCCGUCCCGACUGCGCACGCGUUCCGCCAUCUUUGCGACACGGCUCUCCUGACUGCGACGCGUCCUCGGCUAACACUCGGCCAUCCUGAUUUCGACGCGUCCUCGGCUAACACUCGGCCAUCCUGACUGCGACGCGUCCUCGGCUAACACUCGGCCAUCCUGAUUUCGACGCGUCCUCGGCUAACACUCGGCCAUCCUGACAACGGCACGUCCUCGGGCGAGCGACUCUGGCGACGCGGCCUUAUUUAUUCGAGACGGUCAGAUAAAAGAGUACACUAAUUUAUUGCCCUAGUUAAUUCGACAUAGGAUUUUUUCUAUUGUAAAUUGCUACCCUCGAAAUGGCCGUUUAAGAAUAGAAUUCUAGACGACAGUACUUAGGUAAAUUAUACGAUAGAGUAGAUGCCGUCGACUCUGCGCGGCUGGACCUUGUUACGUUACACGCUGGGUUUUAAAUCCACUGACAGAUGCGAAUUGAUACGUAAGUUAGACCAUUCGAUUGUAAGAUGUUGGUAAAGAUUUAGAUUAAGUUGUUAACAUCGGUGAUGAUGGGAUUUUGGAUAGUUAGUAACAAUUGGAAAUCCAAAUUUUCUUAUUAGUCAUAUACAU